AUGGCUCACCACCGUGCCCCUCGCGGGAGAUUGCCUCCAGCUGCAGAGGACUGUCUUACCCAAGGUAACACAGCUCUGGUGGGGAAACAGCCUGGGCCAAUAGGCGGCUGGUGUAAUGAUACAAAACCUGUUCCCCUUACCUCGGUUUUGGACAAUUCUGAGGAGCUGUCCCAGGUCCACAGCACCCUGUGGGAACUGCUGAAGCCGCACUGCCCCUCCCAGUUCAGCGCCCGCCUCCGCCUGAGCUGCCGCCUUACUUCCUUCAGGUGGCCUUACUUCCUUCAGAGCUGCUGCUUGGUCCAGAGCCCACCUGCCUCUAGCCUCUCUCAUUGCUCUCCGUGGGAACACGCUGAGGCCACCUGCGCCUUCACCACCACACUGCCUGCCAUGAAUGGUGAUCAGCCAUCCCUAGUGGUGCAGAACUACCCUCUUGACUGCCAGGCUGCUGUCAACAACCAGAUAAACCUGGAGCUCUACGUCUCCUACACGUACCUGUCCAUGGCCUUCUACUUCGACAAGAAUGAUGUGGCCUUGAAGCACUUUGGCCAGUUCUUCCAGCGCCAGUCCCGUGAAAGGGGCGAACGUGCUGAGAAGCUGAUGCACCUGCAGAAACAGCGCAGCGGCCGCCUCACCCUCCGCAACAUCAGGAAGCCUGGCCACAACGACUGGGAGAACGGAGUGACGGCCAUGGAGUAUGCCUUGGGCCUGGAAAAGUGGGUUAACCACAGCCUGCUAGAUCUGCACCGCCUGGCCACCGACAAGGGCGACGCGCACCUGUGUGAUUUCCUGGAGCGUCACUAUCUGCACCAGCAAGUCAGGUCCAUCAAAGAGCUGGGGGACCAUAUCAGCAUCCUGCGCAAGAUGGGAGCCCCGGAGUCCGGCCUGGCUGAGUACCUCUUUGACAAGCUCACCCUGGGCAACAGCGACAAGAUCCAUUCUUGGGUUCCGUGA